UUCAGCGCAUGCGCCGUGUUAAAUUAUUAUUUACUUUUUUUACGAGAUGUGAAGUUUCUUUUAGUUUCAUAUUCUUGUUGUGUUGUAACAUAAUACAAUGUACGUUUGGUGUAAUCGUUACUUGCACAAUGUUGGGAUAGCUAGUAAGUUAAUUUAUUAGUUGAGCAUAACGUAUUUGAUUUCUGUUCCCUAACUCGGUCGGUGUAAGUUAUUUUGCAAACAUCAGGUGCUUGUUCACCGUUUGCAUGAUACUUUUCCCGGUCUACGAUUUGUGUUUGUACGUUAAAGUGAUUGUUUUGUUGUAACUAGCUACAGUACCUUGCUAGGUUAAUAACUAAGUUUAGCUAUCUCGCAUUGUAGGUUCCAUUGGUAAGUUUAGCUUAGAUAAACCAUCCACAACGCCAUAAAUUGGUUUAACUAGCUAUAGAAGUCGAUAAUAAAAACACUAUUGACAGCAACUAAUGGUGACCAUGUUUUGAUCCAUUGUAGCCAAGUUGUAAUCGUCCCAUUUGAAGCCUGAGCCGAGAUGUUUAGUCCCAAACCGAGACUUCAGGACCGGCUGAUCAUCAGCCGGUAGAGCUGAAUGACUGUUCCACCAACAUGGCUAACAACCUGAUCGCAGAGGUCAAGAGCAGAACUAUUCCCACCCAUUAUUCAUUACAUUUUGUAUUUAACGUUUAUUUAUAUAAUAGAGACAUGAUCCUAUAUAAAUAUAAGGUUUCACAUUAUUGUUAUAGUCAAAUAUUAUAUAUAUUUGGGCUUCUUUCAGUCUGCAAAUUAUUUGUAAUUCUUUUCCGCCCCUGACCCUCUACUCAACAACAACAAAAAAACGGCCUGCGGCUCAUCAUCUAGUUGAUGAUCAUGUCUCUGUUUUGGGUCCAUAUCAGGAUGCCAGCUACAUGUCUCUGUUUUGGGUCCAUAUCAGGAUACCAGCUACAUGUCUCUGUUUUGGGUCCAUAUCAGGAUACCAGCUACAUGUCAGUGUUUUGGGUCCAUAUCAGGAUACCAGCUACAUGUCUCUGUUUUGGGUCCAUAUCAGGAUACCAGCUACAUGUCUCUGUGUUGGGUCCAUAUCAGGAUACCAGCUACAUGUCACUGCAGUGUCCCUGUUUUGGGUCCAUAUCAGGAGACCAGCUACAUGUCACUGCAGUGUCCCUGUUUUGGGUCCAUAUCAGGAUACCAGCUACAUGUCUCUGUUUUGGGUCCAUAUCAGGAUACCAGCUACAUGUCUCUGUUUUGGGUCCAUAUCAGGAUACCAGCUACAUGUCCCUGUUUUGGGUCCAUAUCAGGAUACCAGCUACAUGUCCCUGUUUUGGGUCCAUAUCAGGAUACCAGCUACAUGUCACUGUUUUGGGUCCAUAUCAGGAUACCAGCUACAUGUCCCUGUUUUGGGUCCAUAUCAGGAUACCAGCUACAUGUCAGUGUUUUGGGUCCAUAUCAGGAUACCAGCUACAUGUCUCUGUUUUGGGUCCAUAUCAGGAUACCAGCUACAUGUCUCUGUUUUGGGUCCAUAUCAGGAUGCCAGCUACAUGUCUCUGCAGUGUCCCUGUGUUGGGUCCAUAUCAGGAUACCAGCUACAUGUCACUGCAGUGUCCCUGUUUUGGGUCCAUAUCAGGAUGCCAGCUACAUGUCUCUGCAGUGUCCCUGUGUUGGGUCCAUAUCAGGAUACCAGCUACAUGUCUCUGCAGUGUCUCUGUGUUGGGUCCAUAUCAGGAUGCCAGCUACAUGUCACUGCAGUGUCCCUGUUUUGGGUCCAUAUCAGGAGACCAGCUACAUGUCACUGCAGUGUCCCUGUUUUGGGUCCAUAUCAGGAUACCAGCUACAUGUCACUGCAGUAUCCCUGUUUUGGGUCCAUAUCAGGAGACCAGCUACAUGUCACUGUUUUGGGUCCAUAUCAGGAUACCAGCUACAUGUCACUGUUUUGGGUCCAUAUCAGGAUACCAGCUACAUGUCACUGUUUUGGGUCCAUAUCAGGAUACCAGCUACAUGUCCCUGUUUUGGGUCCAUAUCAGGAUACCAGCUACAUGUCACUGUUUUGGGUCCAUAUCAGGAUGCCAGCUACAUGUCACUGCAGUGUCCCUGUGUUGGGUCCAUAUCAGGAUGCCAGCUACAUGUCUCUGCAGUGUCCCUGUGUUGGGUCCAUAUCAGGAUACCAGCUACAUGUCUCUGCAGUGUCCCUGUGUUGGGUCCAUAUCAGGAUGCCAGCUACAUGUCUCUGCAGUGUCCCUGUGUUGGGUCCAUAUCAGGAUACCAGCUACAUGUCUCUGCAGUGUCACUGUUUUGGGUUGAUCUAUAUUGCGUCGUCAUUUCAUCCAUCAUUCUUGCCUUGCAAAUGGCGACGGUGCAGUAUGCUAGCAACCUGUCUACAGUGUUGUGCCGUAGUGUUUUUAAUGAACUGUAUCGCGCCGUUCAUUCCCAGGCGUGGAGAAUGAUGAUGGCGUGGUGCAGUAUACCAUCAGGCGGUCUGACACAGUGGCAUCGGGGGCGUUGGCAUCGACCUGGAGUUUUAAAGCAGACGUCCAGAGCAUGCCCCCCAGAGGCGUCUUGAGUACGAGACUUGCUACGUGACAUCCCAUUAAGGUCCCUGUCGUGACGGGCAGCCCAUCGCUAAGGGCUCGGCGGACGCCUCCAUCAAAGUCUCUGGACACAGAACGUAUGCUGGCCAAGAGUGCCAUGCCCACAGAGGUGAUGACGAAUGAGACGGCCCAGCAGAACGUGGAGAACCACCCUUUGAUCAGAACACUGUACGACCACGUUUACGAGCUCACGUCUUGGCAUUCCACCCCACCGAACAGAUUCUGGCGUCGGGAGUCACGUGACUACAUCCUCAAACUGUUUGACUACUCAAAGCCCUCUGCCAAGAGGGUCUUCAAACACCUACAGGUCUGUUGGGACAGAGUUAGACAUUGGUUUGUUAAGGCUAUACGUUCUUCGUAACCCACCAGAAUGUCCUGGAGAGUAGGGCCUCUCACACUCUGAUUAUCCAACACCUUUCUUUAUUGGUUAAAAAAAAAGAUUAGACCAACACAGUAUCUGUGUCGUGUCACGAAUAAUGAUGUGUGUUUCCUUCUCACAGGAAGCAGAGAUGCUGUGGUCCAUUUCCUACCACCCGUUAGAUGACUUCCUGUAGAUGGGGACGCAGCACGCCAUCCUCAGCCUCGAUGUGUGUGGCUCUUGAUAUGUCUCUGUCUUGAUGUCUCUGUGUGUGUCUCUCUCUCUUAGUGUGUGUGUGUGUGUGUGUCUCUCUUGGUGUGUGUGUCUCUCUCUCUUUGUGUGUGUGUCUCUCUUGGUGUGUGUGUCUCUCUCUCUUUGUGUGUGUGUGUGUGUGUGUGUGUGUGUGUGUGUGUGUGUCUCUCUCUCGCUGUAAACAGAGACCUGUUUAUUAUGAGAUGUUGUCCUGUCUACAGAACCCUGGCUGAUUUUUAAAUGAACAAUGUUAUUGGGAAUCUAAUCAUGAAUAAUGAGAAGAUAAAGUGAUCGACAUUCAUAUUUUUAUUUCAUCUUUUGAU